UCAUGUGAUGCAGGAAGAGAGCGCAAAUGAUAUGGAAUGUGAGCAGCUGCCAGCAGAGAUACUGCGACAAGUGACCGUUCACCGAGACCCUAUAUAUGGCUUUGGCUUCGUGGCUGGCAGUGAGAGGCCUGUGGUGGUUCGAUCUGUGAGGCCAGGAGGCCCCUCUGAGAACAAGCUCCUGGCUGGUGACCAGAUUGUGGCUAUUAAUGAGGAAGACGUGAGUGAAGCCCCGAGGGAGAGGCUCAUAGAACUUAUCAGGAGCGCUAAGGAAUUCAUCGUUCUUACAGUUCUGCACACUCAUCAGUCCCCCAAAUCUGCUUUCAUCAGUGCUGCGAAGAAGGCCAAGUUGAGGUCCAAUCCUGUGAAGGUUCGAUUUUCUGAGCAGGUGGCAGUUGGAGAAACAGAUUCAAAAAUGAUGAAGAAGGAAGCUCUCCUCCUCAUCCCUAACGUCCUGAAGGUUUUCUUAGAAAAUGGGCAGAUCAAGUCAUUCACAUUUGAUGGUCGGACCACUGUUAAGGAUGUGAUGUUGACAUUACAGGACCGCCUUUCCCUGAGGUACAUUGAGCACUUUGCUCUUGUCCUUGAGUAUGCCGGGCCAGAACAGAAUCACAAGUUUCUGCUUCUUCAGGACAAGCAACCCCUGGCUUAUGUGGUACAGCGGACACACUAUCACGGAAUGAAAUGCCUCUUCCGAAUAAGUUUCUUUCCCAAAGACCCUGUGGAGCUGCUGCGUCGGGAUCCUGCUGCUUUUGAGUACCUGUACAUCCAGAGUCGGAAUGAUGUUAUUCGAGAACGCUUUGGAAUGGAUCCCAAGCCAGAGAUGCUUUUGGGCCUUGCUGCGCUCCACAUCUAUAUCACUGUCUCAGCCACUCGACCUAGUCAGAAGAUCUCGCUCAAGAAUGUGGAGAAGGAGUGGGGCCUGGAACCCUUUCUUCCCCCCUCCCUCCUGCAGGGCAUCAAAGAGAAGAACCUCCGGAAAUCUCUCUCUCAGCAACUGAAGGCUCACCAAACACAUCCUUCCUGCGGCACCAAGGGCUCUGCAAUUCAGGCAAAGCUCCAGUAUCUACGAAUUCUGAAUGAACUUCCUACCUUCACGGGCGUUUUGUUCAACACUGUAGGCCUGGAUGAGAAGCAGUCGGCCACCACGCUCCUGGUGGGACCCCGUCAUGGCAUCAGCCAUGUUAUUGACCUCAAAACCAACCUCACCACUGUGCUGUCCGAGUUCAGCAAGAUCAGCAAGAUCCAGCUGUUCCGGGAGAACCAGGGCGUGGCCCGGGUGGAGACCAGCAUCAUGGAUGCCAAGCCUCUGGUGCUGUUGAUGGAGUGGCCUGAAGCCACCAACUUUGCCUGCCUGAUCGCGGGGUACUGCCGCCUCUUGCUGGAUUCCAGGAAGAUGGUCUUCUCCAGGCCUGCCAGCCAGCCACUUCCACCUCCAAUGAUCAAGGCAGAUUACAUGCACAGCGCCCACCGUCCUGUCACUGGGGGCCACCUGGGGAAAAAGGAGAGUAGUUAUGUGGGCAGCGUGGGCACCAGCCCCAGGAAAUCGAGCCACUGCACGCCCCCGCCUGCCGACUCUGAGCUUGUCAGCUUCUGCUACCUCCAUAUGCGGGAACAAAGGAAGGAGCAGGAAAGCCAGACAGAUGUCAACGAGAACCUAAUCUUCUUUGAGGAGACCAGGCCCCGAACCAAGUCUGACCCCACAUCCAAAAGCUCUGGCCAAGGUUAUGAGGUAGUCCCUGAUGACUUUGAUGCAGCUAGCCUAGACCACGAGCCUUGUGCCAGCAGGGCCCGGUCCUACACCUUGGACAAUUCCCUUGGGGCUGAAGCCCUGAAUUUCUACUGUGACUCUUGCAAAACCAAACUUCAGGAGCAGCUGGGCCCUCGCAAAGGUGGGAAGCCUGGCUCCUCUCGUGACAAUAUAGUAGAUUUGAUGUCCCUCCCACCACCUGGGAGUGAGGAGGAGGAGGAGGAGGAAGAUGAGACAACUUCUCUGUUGCCAGCCAUUGCUGCCCCACCCCCUGGUUUCCGAGACAACAGUUCUGAUGAGGAUGACCCCAAGCGCCGGGCUGUCCAGAGCCAGGAACAAGGACGCCACCUGCGUGGGCUUCUGUACGAUGAGAUUCCAGUGACAUUGAUUGACAGUGUGCAGACCCGGACAGUUCGAGAUCAUGCCCAGGAGCUAGAUGAUGCCCUGGUGUCCACUCUGCAGGCUCUAGAAGCCCUGGCUGCAUCCGAGGAUGGACCACACCCACCACCCCCACAGACUGCAGGUCUGAUUGUGCUGGCCACAAUCACUCCUGAAUCAUCGCUGGACUCGGGUCAUGAAACCAACUCUUCAGAGCUCACAGACAUGUCAGAGAUGAUGUCGGCCAUGAAGCAGCACCAGAACACCACCUACUUCCUGGCCCAGCACCUCAACAAGGACAGCCUCCUUGCCCGCAAGGACCUGCCCUUCCGGAUCCAGAGCUGUGCAGCCCAGGCCGUUCUUACGGCCCCUUACUCUCUUGGGCGCCCGGAUCCCAACACAUCUCUCCAACCCAUUGCCACAGGCCAGAGUCCUGGCCCUCCUGGCGCUCGGAGGAAGCUGCCCCAGUCAGAGGGCCAGGUACAGGGAGAACGAACAUACUCCUUGGCAGUGCACCCAGCACUGUCCCCACAGCUUAGUGAACAGAAGAAUCUGAGUCUGCUGUCCCCAGUUCCUGAGGACAAAGGGCCUGGCCACACUAGGGCAGGCCUAGAAAUGUCACUGAGGGCAGCCACAUCAUCCCUCAGUGAAGAGCAGGUCUCUGAGCUGAGGGACAACCUGCCCAAGGAGGUCAGGUUGAGCCCCAAGCUUAUCCUCGACCCAAAGAGCAGUGUGACCCCUGCCAUCAUCUCGGCCGCCCUACAGCAAGUGGUUCACAGUAAGAGUCUAGUCACUGCUGGUGGGGCUUUGGGGAACCCCCCCAGCAGGGGUGAGAGAAGGCUGGAGGCCAGCAUGGGGAGGCCAGAGGUUAGCAUGAUGAGCAGCAGUGCCAGUAACAAUCUGAAGUUCAAAAUUAGCCCCAGUGCUCCAGAGACCUCACGGAAUUCUCAACAUCAGCUGGGCGCAGAGGUCUCUUCCAGCCCCAGAGCACCCACAGGCAGCCGGGCUGACAGCCUGCACCUCUCCCAACAAGAGGACAGUCUGCCUGUUCAAAAUUUCCCUCCCAAAAGCUAUCUUUUGCGAACAAGCCGAGAGUCAGUGGGCAAGCAAGCUACAGGGGAGGUGGCAGGCAAAGGCGGGCCAGUGGGUGGUAAGCCCACCCUGCAGAAGCAGGGCACCAUCUCCAGCCAAGGGGAGAAGGCGCAGCUGGAGAGCACACCCAAAAGAAGCAAGCUCGAAGAGACCAGCCUGGUUCCCCGAGCUACCUACCCCAUGGCUCUGCAGAGCCCCAGCUGCCAGUCAAGAAGCCACAGCCCCAGCUGCCAGCCUCAUGGCCACAGCCCCAGCAGCCAGUCUCGAGGUCAGAGCCCCAGCUGCCAACCUCGAGGCCAGAGCCCACUGAGGUCUCAGGCUGCCAGCCGGCAGGUGAGCACCAUGCCCUCUAGGAAGCUUGAAACAACUCUCAAUGGAGCCCACUCGACCUCUGAAGGCCCUGCCAAACCCAAGUCAUCCCGAGGUCCUUUCCGGCUACGCAAUUUAUUCUCUGCCACCUUCCCGACCCGCCAGAAGAAGGAGACAGAUGAGCGGCAGGCCCAACUGCAGAAGGUAAAGCAGUAUGAACUGGAGUUCCUUGAGGAACUUCUAAAGCCACCAAGCCAGGGGGAGCUGCCAGGCACCGAGUACCUGCAACCUCCAGCACCUGGCCGCUGCAGCUGCCAGCUCCGCAGCAGCCCUGUGCAGCAGGGGCCUGGCAUGUCCCGUGAGCAGAGGCGCAGCUGCGACUGCAAGCGCAUCUGCCGGGGGGGCCGGCCACAAGCCACCCAGACACCAGUGCUCAGUCUCCGGGGGAGGGAAAGGGACAGAGUCCUCCCUAGCCAGAGGCAGCCAGAGGCUGGCCCAGGCGUGAGCCUCAGCAGCCCCAUCAAUGUCCAGCGCAUUCGUUCUACCAGCCUGGAAUCCCGAGAGUGCCGAUCGGACCCUGAGAGUGGUGUUUCGUGCCUGACCACGUGUGCCUCGGGGGGCGAGUGUCUGGGAGCUCCCAAUUACAGGAAACUGAUGCGCCGCUACAGUAUCAGUGAGCUGGACCAGGGUGACAGGGCCUCGCUGACCUCGGAUGUCUACCCACAUCCUCCCCUGGGCAUGCUGCCCAGGGAGGCCAAGGAGGUAGAGGCAAGCCUCCCCAUAGCCUUGGGUCCCAAAAGCAGGUCUCUGGAGUCACCGACGCUGGGAGACCCCUCCUACGUCCAGGUUGCCCCAGAGACCAAAGGCCCCAGACAGAUGGCCGUGUUCUCACUGCCCGAGGAGGUGUACCGGAAGCCUGCCGAGCUAGACGAGGACAGUGAGAGCAGCAAGUGCUGCUCCAUCCGCUACUGCUUCUACUACCGCAAGUGUGACAUGGCAGAUGAUGCCAGUGAUGGCAAGGAUGAGCUCUCCUACUCUAUCCCCAUGAAGAUCCUGCCUGGCAUGAAGCUGGACGAGCAGGUGGUGCCUGUGGUGAGUAGGACCCUGCAGGUGCUGGAUGCUGCUACCUGCAGCAGCAGCAGCCCUGAGGCCUCCCGCACUCAGGAGAUUGACCUCCGUGUGUCCACCUUCGAGGGGAGCCUGGCCAAGAUCAAUGCCCUGCGGGCCCAUGCCUAUGGCCUCCCUGAUGGCUUCCUGGCUGCCCGGCUGGACACCAACGAGCUGCUGACAGUCCUGCGGCAGUGUGUGGCCAGCCCCGAGGCCCGUGCCCCCAAGCCCUAUGUGUCUCAGAUCUCCGAGUAUAAGCUUGAGCUAGCUCUCAAGUUCAAGGAGCUCCGGGCCUCCUGCCGCCGUGUGGCCAAUGUGGACAAGAGCCCAACUCACAUGCUGGCAGCCAUCACGGGCAGCUUCCAGGUGCUGAGCAGCCUCAUUGAGACCUUCGUGCGGCUGGUGUUCAUUGUGCGCUCCGAGGCCCAGCGCCAAGAGCUGCUGGCCAAGGUAGAAGAGGUGGUGAGGAACUACACCUUCCUGCUGCGUGCAGCUGAGGAGUCCACAGCCCGUAACCUUAACCAGCAGCAGCAGCAACAACAACAGCAGCAGCAGCAACAACAACAACAACAGCAGCAACAACAACAACAGCAGCAGCAGCAGCAGCAGGUGGCAGCAGCUGCAGGGGCAGCCGCAGAGCAUCCACCAGGCUCCCCAACUUCGGCGACUGUUAUGAGCACAUUCACCCACUCCUUAAAAACCCUUAUUAAGUAGGGCAUCUGCCCACACCUGUCCCCCUUCCCCAACCAUGGCCCCAGGUUUGAGCUUUGUGGUCCUUGCAUCUUGUGGUGAGUGUGUGUGUGUCUGCUGGGCCAGUCAGGGUCCAAGAGCCCAUCAGUCUCCGGGGAGUGGAAACUCUCUUGAUUGAGGCUCUCUCUUAAGGGCUGCAGGCUUAGCUGCCGCCCUGGGUGUCCUCACCCCUUCCCUGGCCUCUGGGCCUCACUGUGAGGGCAAAGGCCCCUCUUCACUCUGCUCACAGCAGAGCUGUAUUUUAUCUCUUCUCUGGGGCUGAGAGGUGACAUCAGGCUCACUUCCUGCUCAAUCCGUGUUGGGCGCUGGGGGAGCCAGGGCCUGAAGCAAGCGGACCCUCAGGCUUUGAGCUCCUCAUGGCAUCGGCUCCCCUGCUGGGAGCAGUGGCAGUAGCAGCAGGCCACAUUGCCGUGCCGAGGGGAGAGGGCGCUCAGUCCAGAUGUGCCGAACCACCUUGGGCUCACACUCACCUGGCAGAUGCCACCCUGAGGGCCUGUGCCUGGGUGAGAUGUCUGCAGAAAACAGCCACACUAGGCUGUUUGCAGCGGCCCAACUGGCCAGCAGCCUGGGGAGCCCUCACCUCCAGGUCCAGUAGCUCCACACCAGCCAUCCCCAAAGUGCUCUGCCCCUCACUGAUGGGCAGGGCAGCUCAGUCCACUAGGGAGCAAGCAUCUGGGAUCACCCCACUCAUUUUGGGUAAGGUACCUGAUGAAAACGUCUGCCUGGGGAGACCCAGUGCAGGCCUAGGAGCCCGCCUAGCCCGGCCCAGCCCAGCUCAGGGGCUGUUGCUGCAGGCAUGAGGCUUCUCUCUCAACAUCUCUCUACCAGACAGACUGUCCUUGGGAGUUUGACUUAGCUGUGGAUCGGGGAGGGGGGUGGGGGGAGGGGGGAAAGGGGUAGGGGUGGGGGGUGUUGAUGACUAUAUCUUAAACUUCUGGAAGCUAGCGUGAUAUGUUAAUCCUGAGUAUAUGCUUUUGGCUGUGUAUUGACCCUGUGGAUUUGUCUCUCUAAGAAAAGAAGCUGAGCGCCUUACCCGGUGCAGUCCUGCACCUUUCUCCCUCUCUGGAGCCAUCUGGAAGGGAAUUCACACUGUUUAACAUCCACCUUGACACACACCUCCUAUUGCCACCACCGCUGCCGCCGCCGCCACCGCUGCCACCACCACCACCACCACCGCUGCCAACCCUCCCCCCACACCCCCCACCCCCGCAACCUUCCUGGGAGUGAAGACACGGAGUCCCUACCAACUGUCCCACUGUAGGGAACAAAGAAAGCCAAUGUUUCUUCUGUAUAGAUUGCUUCUCGUCCGCCUCUCCAUAUCUCCCCAUUUCCCACACCCUUGUGCCCUGUGUCUGCCUGUUUCAUCACUGUGUCAGAGGCCCAUGUGAAAUCUUUCAUUCUGAUGUGAGUUUUAUAAAGAUGUACACUGUGCUUAAUCCCUGCCCAUCCUUGGUAGCCCCUAGUGCAAUAAAGUCUCCCUGAGUGGUGAGUUCUCCUGGCAAGGAGGAGGGGAGUUUCUUCUGCAGAAUCCAGCCCCUCACUUCCUUGCUUCUCCUCCCCCAGGACCAAGUUGUUGAAUGGACCAGAGAUGCAGCCAGUGGGGAAUGCUUUUCCCCUCAGCCACUGCAAGCUGGAGUGCUGACAUGGUCUUCUUUUUCUCCCAACUUCGCCACUCAGCCCCUGCCUGUGUCAUUCCACCGCCAUCCUUCACCUCUCCCUCAGCCUCAUGGAGAGGAAACAUUUUCUAAUGUCUGUAUAUAGUAUAUAUACUACAUAAAAUAUAUAAAUUAUAUAUAUAUAUACUAAUUUAUGUCUUGUUUUUCAAACAAGAAUGAUUAAAUCUAUUCAUCUUACUAUCCCAA